UACUGCUCUCCCACCUUUCCAAAUCAUUAUUAACAAAAACUUUCCGUCAUUCUGUUAAUUUCAUCAAGAAUCUUCCGUCAAAAUCCUCUUAAUUUUCUCGCACUCAAUCCAUAUUCAAAUUCCAUAUUGUUCUUUUUCUCCACGUUUUCUCAUUAGAAUUGUAAAUGAGAAACGAAAGAGGAGGAGGCACCAUGGUAGCAGAACGCAAUGUCCCCCACCACCACAGGCCGAAAUUCGGAGCCCUUUUGCAUUCCUCCGACCCAUCCUUGACGUCUCCGACAAGCACCAACGAGACCAACAAUAACGACAGCAGCCACCAGAAUGAUUACUCAACACGGCGUAGCAGUGCCUCGGCGACAAGUCCUCGGUACUACGGCAAUAGUACCCAAGGCGGCAGCAGCACCGAGGGUUCACCCUAUGUCAUGUCCCCAUGGAACCCAGCGACGGCGUCACCCUACAAUAAGUCCCCGUGGAUAACGCCGUCGUCCUUGAAUCCGCUGGACGAGAAUUUCCCUUUAAACGGACUCAUUGGAUCAUUAGUCCGGGAAGAAGGCCACAUAUACUCGCUGGCUGUCAAAGGAGACUUGCUCUAUACCGGGUCGGAUAGCAGGAACAUUCGUGUCUGGAAGAACUUGAAGGAUUUUACGGGUUUCAAAUCGAAGAGCGGGUUGAUCAAAGCCAUCGUGAUUUCCGGCGAGAGGAUAUUCACCGGUCAUCAGGAUGGUAAGAUCCGAGUCUGGAAGUUUUCCGAGAAAAAUCCAAGCAAUUACAAACGGGUGGGGAGCUUGCCAACUAUGAAAGAUUUUAUUCGGAGUUCCAUGAAGCCGAAAAACUACGUGGAGGUCCGGAGACACCGCAGCGUUGUUCGAAUCAGACACUUCGAUGCGGUGUCUUGCUUGAGCAUGAACGAAGAACAAGGGCUUCUUUAUUCAGGGUCGUGGGAUAAGUCUUUCAAGGUUUGGAGAAUUGCCGAUUCCAAAUGCUUGGAGUCGGUCGCAGCUCACGAGGACGCAGUAAACAGUGUUGUCGUGGGUUUCGAGUCAUUGGUGUUCACCGGCUCGGCGGACGGGACUGUGAAGGUGUGGAGGAGGGAGUUGCAAGGGAAGGGAACUUCGCAUGUGUUGGUUCAGACGUUGUUGAAGCAAGAGAACGCGGUGACGGCAUUGGCAGUGAACAAGGAGGCCGCGAUUGUCUAUUGUGGGUCAUCCGAUGGGUUGGUCAAUUAUUGGGAUCGCGCGAAGCACUUGUCCCAUGGCGGAGUUUUGCGCGGCCAUAAACUUGCCGUGCUGUGCUUGUCCUCAGCGGGAAACUUGGUUUUCAGCGGAUCAGCGGACAAGAAUAUUUGCAUAUGGAGGAGGGAAGAAGGUGGGGCGCACACCUGCUUGUCUGUCUUGACAGGCCACACAGGACCCGUCAAAUGCUUAACCGUGGUGGAAGAUCACGGCUCCGAGAACAAGGCAGGUCAGGGUUGGGUGUUAUACAGUGGCAGCCUUGACCGGUCCGUAAAGGUGUGGCGCGUGUCCGAGGACGCUCCGGACUUGAGGCAAAUACGGGCGUUGGUGAAGGACGCUUCAAUAAGGCAGGAAGCCGCUCGGCUCCACUAUUGACAAAUCCGGAGAGUCUUGGGAAGAAAAUAUCGUAGAGUUUACUCUAACCCGACGGUCCUUCAACGAGCGUGUAGUACACGCGCAGUCUGUUCUGGUGGUAGUCUCGCGGACAAAGCGCCAGAACGUCUAGAUGAAUUAAGCGGGAGGGCACCGUCCAGACCAGGCGGACCACCAGAUUUUUCAAACGAAGCCUUGGAAAAAGAGGUUUUGCAUGUAAAUGCAAGAUACUAUGAAUGUGAGAGUCUGAUAUAAUAUGUAGAUAUCGCUCAUGCCAAAAAAAAAACCAGCAUAUAUAAGGUCCCAAAGGCUAUGUAUUAUUUGCAUGGCCUAAUGCAGUUUUAUGAAAGCACAUGCAGAUGGACCGACUGUAAACUCCUUAGCAUAUUGUUCUGGCAGAUUAGUUAGCUAGCUUUGUUGCCACAAUUAUAGGGCUUUUUCGAUCUGUUAUUAAUUUGGCCAGAUAUUACUAUAUAUAUACACGUGUAUGAUUACAGA